AUGACUCAACGGGCGGUAGAGGAGUCACCAGAUGUUAUCAUGGGUAUGUUGUCUAUUUUUGAUAAAAAUGCUCGUAUUUUGAUUGAUCCUAGAUCUACACAUUCCUUUAUGUCAUUUGCAUUUGCUUUAUAUGCGAAUCAAAAGCUAGAACUUUUAGGCAGUUGUUUGGUAAAGGAGAACGAGCUCAAGGAAAAUUUAAUACCUCUUAACAUACAUGAUUUCGAUAUUAUCUUGGGUACGGACUUUCUGGCAACAAAUCGACCUUCAGUUUAUUGCUUUCGAAAAGAGGUUGUAUUUAGACAACCAGGACAACCUGAAGUUAUAUUCAAUGGACAGUGCAGAAUUUUACCGUCUUGUGUGAUAUCUGCUAUUGAUGCUAGAAGAUUACUCAACAAGGGCUGCCAUGCAUAUUUGGCUCAUGUAAUUGAUACAGAUGUUAGCAAACUAAAACUUGAAGAUAUCCCAAUGGUCAAGGACUUUCCUGAUGUAUUUCCAGAAGAAUUACCAGGCUUACUAUCAGACAGAGAUAUAGAAUUCACUAUAGAUCUGAUUCCAAGAACUGCACCUAUUUCACGGACACCCUAUAGAAUGGCACCAGCAGAAUUGAAAGAGCUAAAGGUUCAAUUGCAAGGGUUGGUAGACAAGAGUUUCAUCACACCUAGUAUAUCUCCGUGGAGAGCACCAAUUUCGUUUGUGAAAAAGAAAGAUGGCACCAUGCGACUGUGCAUAGAUUACAGACAAUUGAACAAGGCGACAAUUUGCAAUAAAUAUCCUUUGCCACGUAUUGAUGAUCUGUUCGAUCAGCUUCGCGGUGCUGCAGUUGACCAACGCACCAGCAGCAUUUAUGGAUAUGAUGAAUCUCUUCGCUCGUAUUUAGGCAAAUUCGUGAUUGUAUUCAUUGAUGAUAUUUUAGUAUACUCUCGAGAUCAUGAUGAGCACAGAGAGCAUCUCAGAAUCAUCUUGCAAACUCUACGUGGUGAGCAGUUGUAUGCUAAAUUCAGUAAAUGUGAAUUCUGGCUUGAUAAAGUUGUAUUUUGGGACAUGUCAUAUCAGCAGAGGGAAUUUAUGUUGACCCGCAAAAAACAGAGAUUAUGUGUUGCAGAUGAUUCGAAAUUGAAGGGAGAAAUUCUAGAAGAGGCACAUAGUUUAGCUUACGCGAUGCAUUCAGACAGAUUGACGAAGACUACUAGAUUUUUGCCUAUUAAAGUCACUUACUCGUUAGAUAAAUUGGCAAAAAUAUAUGUUGAUGAGAUAAUCAGUUUAUAUGGGACACCAGUUUCUAUUGUUUCAGAUAGAGAUUUUCGUUUCACUUCUAAAUUUUGGCACAGCUUGCAGAAAGCUAUUGGUGUUAUCAGAUUUGGUAAACCAGGUAAAUUGAGUCCGAGGCAUAUUAGCCCAUAUGAGAUUGUUGAACGCAUCGGUCUAGUUGCGUAUCGAUUGGCUUUGACAACAGAAUUGUCCAGAAUUCAUGAUGUAUUCCAUGUUUCCAUGCUUCGUAAAUAUAUUUCAGAUCCAUCUCAUGUUUUGGAAUCACAACCAGUAAAACUGCAAGAAAAUCUUACCUAUAAAGAAGAAUCAGUUCAGAUAUUGGACAGGAAGGAACAUGCCUUGCGUAGUAAGACUAUUCCUUUGGUUAAAGUUUUGCGGAGAAAUCAUACUGUAGAAGAAGCGAUAUGA